AUGGCGCUCGCAUUCCCAUCGCUCAUCUCGACUGUCGCUCCGCUGCCAUCGUCCCUUUGGAGCGCCAACCUCUCUGCGCCGUACCCGACGAACGCGCCGUGGCAGAACUUCGUGCUGGGCGACGGCGGCAGUCCCGAGGUCGUGCCGCCCUACGCUGUCAAGAGCAGCGAGGGGCGCAUCGCGUGGGGAGCGCCGCCGAGAGACGCGCAGCCGGGCUUCAUCAUCCAGAUCACAGCGCUUCAACGCCGCAAGCAUAACGAUGUUAAACCGCCACCCAGGCAACCGGUGGGGUCAACUGUACUGAACGCAAGGUGCAGUGCGACUGCAGCCAGCACCACCAAGGAGCAUGUCAUGCUACUUUGUGCAGCAUGUUCGAAAAACAGCGACAAAAGUGCAGUGGCGCAUAUUCCAGUUCGACCAUUCAUCACGUUCCAUUUUGCGUUCAUGGCGACGCUCAUGCUCUCCACGCUCGAGGGCCUCUCCACCCACCAGGUCGCCUCCUACGACGACACCUCCGUCACCCUCGCCUACUCCCCCUCCUCCGCCUCCUCUUCCUCCCCCUCCUCCUCCUCCCCUUCUUCCACCCCAUCCGCCGCGCCUGUGCUGACGGUGCCGCUGGUGCGCGGCAGUCCGUACCUCACGUUCCUGUUCGCAUCGCCGGGGGCCACGCCAGUGAUCGCCACGGACGGUGCCAUCAUGGAUGUGCAGUCCACCGCGGAUGGCACCAAGCACCGACUCACCUUCAACAACGCCCAGACAUGGGUGCUGUACGCGUCCGCGCCGCUCACCUUCUCGCUCCACAACAGCACGCUCACCGCCUCGUCACCCUUCACCGGCACACUGCGCGCCGCGAUGCUUCCUGGAAACUCCCCGGCGGAGGAGGAGGCGGUACUGGACGCAUAUGCCGGCGCCGUGGUGGUGGGCGGCGAUGUGAAGGUGCAGCCAUGGCGGGUUAAGUACGCUUGGAGGGUGGCGCCGUGGGGCAGUGAGAGUGCUGCUGCUGCCGCUGAUGGUUCUGCUGUGCCGCUCAUGCUCGCCCUUCCCAUUCAUCGCCGCAUGCACCUCAAGGCCUACUCCCCCACCUCCACACCUCCCCCUGGUGUCAACUUCCCGCCCGUCACCCCCACGCCUCCCCCCGUCACCUCCCCCCCUUCUUCUGCCCCUGCCUCUGCCCCUUCUUCCGCCCCUGCCUCUGCCCCUUCUUCUGCCCCCGCCUCUGCCCCUGCCUCUGCCCCCGCCUCUUCCCCCGCCCCCGCCUCUGUUCCUCCCCCCUGCACUCCCACCCUCCCCCUCACCGCCGCCUCCCUCUCCGCCUCCUCAUUCCUCGCCGCCUCAUCCGGAGGAGCAGCAGACUCAUCAUCAUUCUCAUCAUUAACAGCAGAAGCCAUCACACCAUCCGCAGAUCAAACCGCCCCAACACUGCUCCAGCCCCCAUCAGCAACAGCAACAACACCCAACCCCCACGUGCUGGUCUACCCCACACUAGACGGCCCAGCAGUGGGGGUAGCAGGCAGCAGGUGGGAAGUCUCCUCUGCACGCCUCCUGGCACUCGCCCCGCCUCUCCUCCGACCCCUCCCUCCGCCUCUCCCUCCGCGUCGCACUACAGACAGACGUCGCCGCCCUCACCCCUAUCACCACCACCUCCACCUACUUUUUGGGAAAACUGCCGCCCGCGCCGCCCGGCUGGCUCUGAUCGCAGAGCAGCUAGGAGAAACAGCAGCAGCAGGGACGGCGGUAGCAGUGGUGCGAGACGCCCUAACUGCUUGGUUCAACGGGUCGUUCGCAGGAAACUCUCUCCUGUACGACCCGGCGUGGGGUGGUAUUGUAAGCUCCAGCGGGGCGGCAGACUCGGGGGCGGAUUUCGGCAUGGGGUGCUACAACGACCAUCAUUUCCACUUCGGCUACUGGCUGUAUGCCGCUGCUGUAGUAGCCAAAGCGGACCCGGCAUGGGCCAUGACCCACCGACACUCUGUGCUCAACCUUGUGUCUGAUAUCAUGUCCCCGCGUGCCACUGCGGCGUUCCCAAGGUUGCGGCACUUUGAUUUAUACGCUCUGCACUCGUGGGCGAGCGGGCUGUUUGAGUUUGGCGACGGGAGGAAUCAAGAGAGUUUCAGUGAGGCGGUGAAUGGGUACUAUGCGGUGGCGCUGCUGGGGCAUGCGUUUGGGGAUCUGCACCUGGCGAAUCUGGGCGCCACACUGGCUGCUGUGGAGGCCGUUGCUGCACAGACGCUCAUCCAGGUGCCUGAGAGUGCUGAUGGCGGUGGUGGCGCCCUGGCAGCAGCAGCCACGUCCACCUCCCCAAACUACGACCCAAUCUUUGCCGCCCCAAACCGCCUCCUGGGCAUGGUGUGGGCGGCAAAGCGAGACGCGGGGCUGUGGUUCGCAGCAGCAGAGCAGACGGACAAGCGCGUGGGCAUCCAGGUGCUCCCCGUCACGCCCUUCCUCGCUCGCCUCUUCCCAGACGCCGCUUUCAACCGCCAGGUGGUGCAGUGGGUGCUGCCUGUGCUGGGUGAGGAUGGCACCACGGAUGAGUGGCGUGGGUUUGCAUGGGCGCUGCUGGCCACAUAUGACCCGGCGGCGGCGAGGGAGAACAUUGAAGCGCUGACAGCGUUUGAUGAUGGGAAUAGCAAGACGAAUAUGCUCUGGUGGCUCGCUGCCAAUACUCCUUAG